UGAAGCGGUCCACUGAGUCACUUCGCACCAAUACCAAAAUCGGAACGACGAAACGUAAUCUGUUUGGAACUGACGCUCAACGUCAACGAGACGUGAGCGCGUAACAAACCAAAGCGAACAAGGAUUGUCACCUAUUGUUAUGACUGUCACGCGUCAUCUGGAGUUUAUUAUCUCUGUGCAAAAUUGUACAAAAUGCAAAUACAGUGUUGUGAUAAUACAAAGAAACCAGUGAUACACAUCCAUGAAAUGUUAUCACACGCUUUUGUGAUAUUGAAAUCGUUUUGUCAUUUCGUUCAUUUCGUAUUCUAACUUGCAUGUAUAAGGAAAUUUCAGAAAAAGAAACGCUGCAGAGAUAUAUUUUUUCUUUUGGAUUUAUAUCUGUGUAUCUUGAGCUCCUUAUACACAGAGGUAUAGGUUUGCUAAUUGACACAUCUUACCUCUGGCUGCAGAAAUAAAAACACGAGAACAAAUGGAGUCAAAGGAAGAAAAUAGACUUUCAAAUGGUGACGUUAGAGUACACACAAAUGUCAACUGGACCAAGUAUGGUUUGCAUGACCCAGAAGCACAAGAAAGUGCAAAAAGAGAUAAUGAGGGUAACAACAAUGCGCUUGAUCCUGAAAUGUACCCAGCUGGUGCAAAUGAGCUAUUUGCGCAAGAAUAUAGUGCAGAUCCCUGGUGGAAAUCAAAUUUUUUUAUUUCUCAACCUGUAUUAUUUGGUACCUGGGAUGGAGUGUUCACAUCUUGUCUUAUUAACAUAUUUGGAGUAAUUGUAUUUUUGAGAUCUGGAUGGAUUGUUGGGCAGGCAGGUGUUUUGAAUGCUGUAUUAAUUAUAUUAUGUACAGUAUGCAUCGCAUUAGUGGCGGUAUUAUCAGCUGUAGGUAUAUGUGAGCGAUGUAGAGUUGAAAGUGGAGGAGUUUACUUUCUGUUGUCACAUGUAUUGGGUUCCAGAUUUGGUGGCUCCAUCGGACUGCUUUAUUGCUUUGGACAGGCGGUGGGUUGUGCUCUAAACGUUUUAGGUUUUGGCGAAUCAAUGGCCGGUCUUGUAGGUUUAGAAUCAGCAUGGGCACAGCGCGGAUUUGCAUGCGCAGCAGUUGUGUUAUUAUCCAUAAUUAAUGUUGCCGGUGUUAAGUGGGUUGUAAAGUUGCAAUUUGUUCUUCUCCUUGUUAUACUUCUUGCUGGAGUCGAUUUCAUGGUUGGAAGUUUUAUUCAUACCGAUAUUGCGGCUGGUUUUGAAGGCUGGUUAUCUGGAAAUUUGAGAAACAACACCUUUCCCGAUUAUCAGGACGGAUACAGUUGGUUUACCGUGUUCGGUGUGUUCUUUCCGACAGUCACCGGUGUCUUGGCUGGAAUUAACAUGAGCGGUGAUUUGAGACAUCCAUCCAGUGAUAUUCCCAAUGGUACUCUAGCGGCAUUGGGAACUGGAACAUUUCUGUAUCUGUGCUUUUCUCUGACUCUUGCGGCAACUUGUGUCAGAAACGCAUUACUCAACAACUUUACCAUAGCGUCGACAGUAUCGGCAAUCUCGGUUUUGCUACUCGCUGGUCUUUACGUAUCAUCCUUCAGCAGUUGUUUGGGCGCUAUGUACGGCACGCCUCGCGUUCUUCAAUCUAUCGCCAGUCAAAAUGUUAUACCGGGAAUGAGUUGUUUGCAAAGAGGGAGAGGACCGAAUAAGGUACCUAUAUACGCUAUGUUAGUUGUCGCUGUGGUGACGUUGACUUUUAUUAUAACCGGUCAAAUUAAUACGCUCGCACCAAUCGUAACAAUGCCUUUUCUCUUGACGUACGCCUGCUUGGAUUACGCAUAUUUUGCUCUCGCCCAAACGUUCGAUAUUCGGCAUACGCGCGAACAGAGAUUUCGCACACAGUCACCGACAUUCGAUCGUAAUUACGGUUCUGCAAGUAGAAACAGUUCAAUAACCGACACGGAUAAUGAUUUGGAUAACUUGUUUCCCGAGAGAAUAAGGCACAAAAAUCUUGUGAGAAACAAUAGCAUCUCGGAUAAUAACAUUUACGUGGAUUCGUCGCCGAGCAUCGAGGAUAACGUCAGUAUAACAAGUACGUCAGAACGAAAAGUUUACAUACACAAUAAAUUGGGAAAUUGGUACAGUCCUUUGUGCAACAGAUGGCUUUCAUUGUUGGGUUGUCUAGUAAAAUUGCUUAUAAUGUUUCUCGUACAUUGGGGAUACGCUCUUGCCAAUAUCGUUGUCGUGUUUCUCGUUUGGAGUUACGUUGGUCACGCCAAUCCUGCUGUUAAACCUGGAGUUUCGGCAGAAUUUCGAUUUUUCAAAUGGCUUCGGAUUGCAACGCUUCGACUCAUGGGGAAAAAAGUUCAUGAUUACGAACAGAUUGUAGUGACUCCAAUACCUCCGGGUGUUGAAACGUGCUCGGCUCAACUGAACGAGGAAAAUGAAGAUUUUUCGGGAAGAAGAAGAUAUCAUCAAACCGCCACAGUUACAGGUCAAUAUGUUAACGUCGAUUAGGUAUAUAUAGAUCUACUCGAAAUUUAUAAAUUUCGUGUUAGAAAGAUCAUGUACACUUUUCAUAAAAAAAAAAUUCUUUAAAUGCAUUCUCUAGCGAGAGUAAAUUACGCGAACAUACUAAUGUGUGCUUAGAAUUUAACAUGAUGUUUUUUAACGAUAUGUGAUAAGAGAAGCAGCUUUUUAUCGGCAGUAAUUUUUAUCGGCAACUAUUUUCGGCUUCGGUUUUUAACAAUGUCAAUCGCGCAAAUAGCUGAUCCACAAUAAAACUUAUUUAAUUCGCAUUUGCAGAAUAUAACAGUAGAUCAAAUAUGAAAUUGAUUGAAUGAAACGUACAAAGAACUGAUGUAACGUUAGUGCUAGACUUUUAUAAAACAUUUUACUUGUGAUUGCCAUCCAGCUGAAAUUACUAUCAAUAUUCAUUGUGUUUUUUCUUUCGAUAGUCAUUCAAACAGUUGAUAUAAAAAUCUAGAUAGAAUAAAUUCUCUAAAACUUUUUUAAUCGGAGAGAGUAUACUUGGAAAUAAUUUAUCAAUGAUAAUUAAUCACAGAAUCAUAAGGUAAUCAUGUGAUAAUGGCAAUCACACACUAGUUCGUAAGAGAAUAUUCUGUAAAUAUAUCUAAUACAUAUAUUUAUAUAAUAUUUAUAUAAUAAUUUUAUAUAUAUAUAUAUACACUUCGAACAAAUGUGCACGAACAAAUUUGUAAUUGCAGAAAAGAAUAUACAUAUAUGUGUGAAA